UUUGCACUUUCGAGUAGAUUGGAAUUGGAGUAGAUGUUCGCGCUCGAAAUUAUUUUGCACACAUAAAGUUAUUUCGCACGUGCGAAAAAGUAUUAUGAUUGAAGUCACGAAUCAGAAUUUUAACAACGUGUAUCCGCAUCUAGAGCACACGUUGAAAAAUGCUAGCUUCAUAGCGAUUGACGGGGAAUUUACAGGCAUAGAAGGCGAUGAUGUAAAAAAUAGCUUGUUCGAUUCCGUACAUGAACGCUAUGAAAAGAACAGGAACCACAUUCAGCCGUACAUAAUAAUUCAAUUUGGUAUUUCGGCGUUUCAACGAGUUCACGAUGAGAAUGAAUACACUGCGGAGGCUUUUAACUUCUUCCUGCUGCCUAGAUCUAUACCGUCAAAGAAUAGACAUUUUCUUUGGCAGAUAAUAUCGCUAGAGUUCCUCACUAUGUAUGGAUUUGAUUUUAAUAAACUUGCCUAUCAAGGUAUUUCAUACAUUGAUCAGGUCGACAGAGCAGUCUUGCAGCAACAAAUACAGGAAAAUACAUUGUUCAACAAUGUGGAGCAAUCUAUUUCAUACAAGGAGGAAGAAGAUUUUAGAAAUACAAUGACUGAAAUAUUUACAUGGCUAAACACAGCUAGUGACGAAGUAGAUUCUUUUAAAAUUGAAUCCCCUACUCCAACUUUGCAAUAUUUUAUGCAUAAGGAAUUGAGAAAACGUUUCUCAAAUAUUUGGACCUUCUCUGGGAACAAUAUGGUUACUGUGAUUAAAGUACCACCACAAUCGAGAAAAAUUCUAGAACAGGAAGAAGGCUCUAUAUUAGAAAAUGUAUUGCUCGAGUCAUACAUAGGUUUUUCAAAAGUAUUCAAUCUCUUGGUUACUUUGAAAAAACCUAUAAUUGGACAUAAUCUUUUUUUAGACUUCAUGUUCAUGCAUCAACAAUUUUACAAGCCCUUACCAAAAAAAUAUAUUAAUUUUAAGAAUAACGUACAUCAACUGUUUCCAACAAUUUACGACACCAAAUUUUUAAGUUUUGAACUGAAAAGAGUUCUCGAAUCACCAGAAAAGUGGAAACAAAAUACUUUAAGUGGCUUAAUUGAUUAUUUUGUAGAAAGUCAAGGAAAAUAUACAGUGCCAGGAUCGCCUAUUGUUAAACUUGCAACAGAUUCAGACGAAUUAAAUAAUUCUCCUAAGAAAUAUCAUACCGCAGGAUGGGAUGCUUACUUUGCCGGUUAUUUAUUUAUUAGAAUGGCUCAUGUAUUUGCUACAAAGCACUAUGGACAAGGUUUAAACUCAAAAGAGUUUACACAUACAGAAUUGAUGAAUAGCAUAAAAACUUUUGCAAAUUGUGUAAAUAUCAUACGUGGCAAUACGUCAUAUUUGAGAUUUGAUGGACCUGAACCUAAAUCGACUCGACCAAAAUGGCUUUAUGUGAAAAUGUUGUCCUCAAAACCAAUAACUCCCGUACAGGUAGCUGAAAAAAUGUCGAGGUUUGGCAUGGUUGACGUGAAACCAUAUACACCAAAAGGCAUGUUAGUCGCAGUAGCAAAUUACGGAAGCGCACGAGACAUAUUACUACAUUUCAAGCAAAACAACGAACUGCACGUAGUCCCUUAUAAUCCGAUACGACAUUCACCCUCGAUUCAACUUAUCCUAUGGGGCAGUUUAGUCGUUUCUGGCGGGAUCUUCGCAUGGGUAUUGCAUCAAAAAUUUCAGAGAAGCUCUUAAACGGACUGUAAAUAUCUCGAAAAUAUA